AUGAUUCCUUCCACUUCUACAGAUCCACCAUUGAACGACUCUAUCCAGAUGCUAUCAGAAUUGACGGAUUAUGAAGACGCAUUGUCGAGUGAGGAAGAAUUUCAUAGGCUCUGUACGACGCUGAAAAACCAAAUUAGGCAGAAAACAAAAGCUAGGAAGGAAAGAAAGAAUGAAACCAAAAUUAUUCGACCGAAAGCUGUUUCAUAUGAUAGUGUGUCGAGCAGUGAGCAUUCGAGUAUCGAAAAAUUACAACCUGGAGAAAUGAGAAGUCGUCGUGGAACUGGACUCUCCCGCCGUCAUAGCGAUAGUGAUAAUGGAGAAUGGAAAAUGCUAAACUUUGCCUUUCAAGAAAUGACGCAUUAUCCGAUUCUUAUUCAACUCAAUGAGCAUCUUUCGGAAAUUGCUAAGCAGUUAAAUGAAAUUGAAGCAACAAACGUAAUGCAGCUCAAAAUCAUUAUGCAUCUCCUGACUAGGAUGUCAAAGCCACGUCAAUCAUGGUUCCAAAUAAUUUUACGAACUUUGAAGAAUUUCCAAUUUUUCAUUUUCGCGUUCACUUGGCCUUUUAUGGCUCGUGUAAUUUACUAUUGGUAUCUUCGCCUAUUCCGUCCAACAAUUACGUAA